CACGCCCACCUCAGCUUGCAAGCCUUUUCUGACGCUGGAAAAAUUAAACCGAUUGUAUUAAUAAAGCCGGUUCAAGCUUCUCUUCAUGAUCCUGUGAAUAGUUGAAGUUGGAUGUAGCAGGGGUUCGAGCAAAAAAAUCAAAGCAUCAUUCCCUGUACAGUAAAGGGCAACCUAUAUAGGGAAAGUCAAAAUGUCCCUCGAAGCGAUACAAGUCAGAGUCCUUGUCCUCAACGAUAUGGAACAGCUUGGAAGGACACUCUUCCGCUUGGACCAAGGCUUUGAGCUCCAGUUCCGUCUGGGCCCUACUCUCCAGGGAAAAAAUGUACGUGUGUACACCAACUACCCUGAUGUGGGGGAACACUUUGACCGUCACACCUUCAAGGCCCUGGAAUGGCAUAACCCCACAGGAAGGGAGGAUGACUCUGACAAGUUCUGCUCCCUAGACCUACAGAUUGCUGGAUCAUACGAAUACUACUUUGGUCAUGGCCAUGAGGAGAAGUCAGGUGGUGGCUAUGUGGUGGUGGAUCCUGUGCUUCGUUCUGGGGCUGACAAUCACCACGUCCCUUUGGACUCUAUUACCAUCCAGACCUACCUUUCCAAGUGCCUCGGACACCUAGAUGACUGGCCUGACAGGCUGAGGGUGGCUAAGGAGUCUGGCUACAACAUGAUUCACUUCACCCCUCUGCAGACGCUUGGUAAAUCUAGGUCCUGCUACUCUCUAGCUGACCAACUAAGCCUGAACCCAGAGUUUUCUCCACCGGGAAAGAACUAUACUUGGACCGAUGUGGGAGAGUUGGUGCAGAAACUUAACACAGACUGGAAUGUAAUCUGUAUCACUGAUGUGGUCUACAAUCAUACAGCUUCUAACAGUCCAUGGAUCAAAGAGCACCCAGAAUGUGGCUACAACAUGGUCAACUCCCCUCACCUCAGGCCAGCCUGGGUACUGGACAGGGCCAUAUGGCAUAUGAGCUGCAACAUGGCUGACGGAAAGUACUCUGCUAUGGGCCUCCCUGCCCAGGUCCAGAACGAGGGGCACCUCGGUGUGAUCCGUGAUGUUCUGUGGGGGCAGGUCUUCCCCAAGAUCAAGCUGUGGGAGUUCUUCCAAAUCAGAAUUGAGAGCGCUGUGGAGGAGUUCAGGGACCUACUAACGGAUGGGGUUCAACCAGACCCGAGGAAGACUAUGGGUAAAAAGGGACUUAAUAUUAUCCAGGACCCAAAGUUCAGACGCUUUGGAAAUGAAGUGGACAUGGACUCUGCUCUUGAGACCUUUGUGCCUCUUAGCAAAAGUCCACAAGCUAUUCUGGAGGCCUGUAACUUGCUGUGGGGGAGACUGGAGGAGAUCAAUCAAGAGCAGUACCAGCAGAUACUGAAUCACCAACAACAGGCUACAGACUGCAUUGUGGGAAAUGUAGUUUAUGAGCGCCUGGCUGACCAUGGACCUAAGUUGGGCCCUGUUACCAGGAAAGACCCAAUUGUUACCAGAUACUUCACUUUCCCAUUUGAGGAGAAGAGCCUGGAGGAUGACCUGCAAAUGAUAGACCACCCAGAAAAGUCCCAUCACUUCCUUGCUCUCAACGGCUGGGUGAUGGGUGAUGACCCCCUCAGGAACUUUGCUGAGCCAGGCUCGAACGUCUACAUCAGAAGAGAGCUGAUCUGCUGGGGCGACAGUGUCAAACUUCGCUAUGGCAACAAACCUGAAGAUUGCCCCUACCUAUGGGCUCACAUGCUAAAGUACACAGAGAUCACAGCAAAACACUUUGCCGGGGUUCGUCUGGACAACUGUCACUCCACCCCUUUGCAUGUGGCCGAGCACAUGCUGGCAGCAGCCAGGGCGGUCAGGUCUAAUCUGUAUGUGAUUGCUGAGCUCUUUACGGGCAGCGAGCUCAUUGACAAUGUGUUUGUUAACCGCCUUGGGAUAACCAGUCUAAUCAGAGAGGCAAUGAGUGCAGGUGACAGUCAUGAGGAGGGCAGGCUGGUGUACAGAUAUGGAGGGGAGCCUGUUGGGGCCUUUUACCAGCCCAGCCUCCGCCCUCUGGUGCCAACCAUCGCCCAUGCUAUGUUCUUGGAUGUCACUCAUGACAAUGAGUGCCCUAUAAAGCUUCGUUCAGCUUACGACUUGCUGCCAAGUUCUGCCAUUGUCUCAAUGGCAUGCUGUUGCUCUGGAAGCACAAGGGGAUAUGAUGAGAUGGUCCCACACCAGAUCUCUGUGGUGAAAGAGGAGCGUCUCUAUCCUAAGUGGAGCUCUGAUGCCCAGGCUUCGUCCACUGGGGAGGUCAACCUGAAGACUGGGAUCAUUGCUGGCAAGCUGGCUCUAAACAAAAUGCACCAGGAGCUGGCUUACAAGGGUUUCAACCAGGUGUACGUGGACCAGGUAGAUGAGGACAUUGUGGCCGUGACUCGUCACUGUCCCAGCACACACCAGUCUGUAGUGGCCGUGUGUCGCACUGCUUUCCAUGACCCCAAAUACCAUCAGUACAGGACGGAGGUUCCACCCAUGUUCAUCCCUGGUAAAAUUGAAGAGGUGGUUCUGGAAGCUCGUGUCAUUGACAGGCAUGCUGGAACCUACAGGAAAUGUGAGAAGUACAUUAAUGGCAUGCCUGAAUACACUGUGGAGAUUAAAGAACACAUCCAGCUAAGGGACAGUGGUGUUGUGAAACACACAGGCGUGACAUCUAAGGGCAGCAGUGAGUUUGUCGAGGAGAUCGUCUUUGAGCGCCUCACUCCUGGGAGUGUCAUUGCCUUCAGGGUGAGUUUGGACCCCAAGGCCCAAGAGCUGGUAGGAACCAUCAGAUAUCACCUGAUCCAGUUUAGCCCCAAGUAUAAGCCUGGCAGUUGGUCCAAUCAGCAGACACCAGCAAUAUUGGAGAAACCCCUGGCACAAAUGAUGUCUAAGUUGACACUGGCAGACAUGAACUUGCUAAUGUUCCGCUGUGACUCUGAGGAGCAGGAGGAUGGAGGAGGCUGCUACAACAUCCCUUCCUGGACCAGCUUUAAGUAUGGUGGCCUACAAGGUUUGAUGUCAGUGAUGGCAGAUAUUCGUUCUAAGAAUGACUUGGGACACCCCGUGUGCGAUAACCUAAGGCAGGGUGACUGGAUGAUUGACUAUGUCAGCAACAGGCUGGUGAAUCAUGGUGGUGCCCUAGGAGAGGUGGGGAAAUGGUUUGAAGAGAUGUUUCACUAUCUGAAGCAUAUCCCGCGCUACCUCAUUCCCUGUUACUUUGACGCCAUCCUAGUUGGAGCCUAUACAACAGCUCUAGACAGCACCUUCAAGAUGAUGUCCAGUUUUGUGCAGAAUGGUUCAACCUUCGUCAAACUUCUGGCGCUCGGCUCUGUUCAGAUGUGUGGUGUGGGCAGUUCUCCAGCUCUUCCACCCUUGUCUCUGGCACUACCCGAUGUCCCUUACCGCCUCAACAAGGAAACUGGCAAGAAGGAGCAGUGCUGCGUUUCGUUGGCCGCAGGUCUGCCUCAUUUCUCUUCCGGAAUAUUUCGCUGCUGGGGACGAGACACAUUUAUUGCUCUGCGUGGACUCAUGUUGGUCACUGGUCGUCACCUGGAGGCUAGAAACAUCAUCCUGGCAUUUGCGGGUACACUGAGGCAUGGCCUGAUCCCAAACCUGUUAGGCAAGGGCAUCUGUGCGCGCUACAACUGCCGUGACGCUGUGUGGUGGUGGAUGCAGUGUAUCCAGGACUAUUGUUCCAUGGUGCACGAGGGCACUGCCAUCCUUCACUGCCCGGUGCUCAGGAUGUAUCCACGUGACGACUCUGAAGCCAACACCCCCGGCACUCCCGUCUCACAACCCCUAUUUGAAGUAAUCCACGAGGCCAUGACGCGUCACAUGCAAGGUAUCAACUUCAGAGAGCGCAAUGCUGGGCCAAAGAUUGACAUGCACAUGAAGGAUGAGGGCUUUAAUGUUGUGGCCAAAGUCCACCAUGACACUGGCUUUGUGUAUGGUGGCAACCGCUUCAACUGUGGAACAUGGAUGGACAAAAUGGGAGAGAGCGAAAAAGCUCGCAACAAAGGCAUACCUGCCACACCCAGAGAUGGGUCAGCAGUGGAGAUUGUCGGCCUCAGUAAGUCUGCUUUGCGCUGGCUGGUGGACCUCAAUAAGAAGGGCCUGUUCCCUCACACCUCCAUGAAAAUCCAGAGGGAUGGUAAGGAGGUGACAGUGUCCUACGAAGAUUGGAACAAUAAGAUCCAGGCCAAAUUUGAGAAGAACUUCUACGUGUCCCACGAUGAGAAGGAUCCUAAUGAGAAGCACCCAGACUUGGUCCAUAAGAGAGGCAUCUAUAAGGAUAGCCAUGGAGCUUCCAGCCCCUGGUGUGACUAUCAGCUUAGGCCCAACUUUUGCAUUGCAAUGGUGGUGGCUCCUGAGUUGUUUACGGUGAAAAGAGCCUGGGAGGCUCUAGAGGUCACAGAGAAGAAGCUGCUUGGACCUUUGGGAAUGAAGACCUUGGAUCCAGAUGAUAUGGUGUACUGUGGUGUCUAUGACAAUGCCCUGGACAAUGAUGACUACAACAAGGCCAGAGGUUUUAACUAUCACCAAGGACCGGAGUGGUUAUGGCCAAUUGGGUACUUCCUGCGAGCAAAACUAUAUUUUGCCAAGAAGCUUGGGAAGGAGACUUAUGAACAGACAGUGUACCUAGUGAAGAGCAUCCUUUCUCAGCAUUAUGUCCACCUGGAGAGGUCAAGCUGGAAGGGUUUACCAGAGCUGACCAAUGAGAAUGGCCAGUAUUGCCCCUUCAGCUGCGAAUCACAGGCCUGGUCUAUUUCCACGGUGCUUGAAGUCCUCCAUGACAUGUAGCAUCACACGUGUGUGUGUGUGUGUGGAGGGGGGGGGCUUGCCCUGUGAUCUCAUGUCUUCUUGUAGCUCUGGUACCUUCAUUUGUUGUCUUGUUUGGAUCUCAUAUACACACUAUGCAUUUACCCUACUCAAGUAUACAGUAAUGAACUGCACUAGCAGAGGGUUUUCUGAAAUUGUAGCUCACAGCUCACAACAUGACAGUGUUGACAAUGUAUAAUCCCUCCCUAUAGAUUAAAAGUAGAUACUGUAUGUACAUCAGCAGAAUAAUUAAAGAGACAGUAAUUGUAAUUGUAUUGUAAUGGAUACAAGAAUGGCUUUUCAACCAGCUGUCCUCAAAUGCAGUGAAACUCUUCUUUCGCCUGCACUGCUACCCUUUUGCUGGUGAUCCUUUUGCUGGUGGUAAGAUAUCAUAAUGUACUAUAAAAAAGUGACAACCCAUUGCUGCGCGGUUCCAUGCAUGUUAAUUCAGUUCAAUAUAUAAAGAAGAAACUCUAAAUAAAUUAAAUACUCUGACAAAGGAUUUGUAGAGUUGAUGUUCUAUCCAAUCCAUUAAAUGUGAUACAUCUCGAGUGAAUCAGGUGCCUGAUUUUAUUGGUCAGCAUGCUUCAAACGUAUACCUCUGAUUAGUGUCUACGUUUUUUGCAAUGGAACUUAAUAGAACAUAAACAGUCUGCAACAUG